GUUAUCGGUUUCCUCCACAGGUCAAAUGUUCAGACUGUCUCUUUCUGUCAUCAGGAUGUGUGUCUCUGGCCGCCGGACAGCGGCUCUCGACAAGGCGCCUCCGAGGUGGUGUAUGUGCCCCAGGCCAGGGAGAGGUUCACAGCCCCCUCCUUUAUGUACCGGGAUCGUUUCAGUCGCUUCCAGCCCACCUACCCCUACCUGACCCACGACAUCCACCUUCCCCCCACCAUCUCCCUGUCUGACGGAGAGGAGCCCCCGCCCUACCAGGGCCCCUGCACCUUACAGCUGAGGGACCCAGAGCAGCAGUUGGAGUUAAACAGGGAGUCGGUCAGGGCCCCCCCCAAUAGAACCAUCUUCCACAGUGAAGUGAUAGACAUGCACAGUGGAGGGGGGGGGCCGAGACCACCCAGCAGUAACUCUGGUAUCAGUGUAGCCAAUAGCAGCAGCCACGGACGCAUGGAACGCUCGCCUCCGGCAUAUUGCGAGGUGAUUGGUCACUUUUUUCAACACCCGCACAGCAGUAACCCACUCGGGACCUGGACCGGGGGUGGGACCAGCCAGCAGGGCCAAUCAGAAAGCACAAUACCUGCCAAGACCAGGAAAGGGGAGGAGCUGAGGUGAGAUGGAUGAGGGACUAAGCUGUCUUAGACUCCUCCCCCCUGUAAAGAGGUGUGGCCAAUCUCUAUAUGGACCGACACUCCCAGGAUGCACAACUAAACACAACAUUACCAACCUGCUACAACUAAACACAACAUUAUCGUCUUGCUACAAAUAAACACAACAUUAUCAUCCUGCUACAACUAAACACAAUAUUAUCGACCUGCUACAGCUGAACCUAGCAUUAUCGACCUGCUACAAUUAAACACAACAUUAUCGACCUGCUACAAAUAAACACAACAUUAUCUUCCUGCUACAAAUAAACACAACAUUAUCAUACUGCUACAACUAAACACAACAUUAUCAACCUGCUACAGCUAAACACAACAUUAUCGACCUGCUACAACUAAACACAACAUUAUCGACCUGCUACAACUAAACACAACAUUAUCAACCUGCUACAACUAAACACAACAUUAUCGACCUGCUACAACUAAACACAGCAUUAUCGACCUGCUACAACUAAACACAACAUUAUAAUCCUGCUACAACUAAACACAACAUUAUAAUCCUGCUACAACUAAACACAACAUUAUCAUCCUGCUACAACUAAACACAACAUUAUCAACCUGCUACAACUAAAC